CAUUGCCUUGCGCCUAGUGUUGUUGCUGACAUACACGCGCAAGGACACAAAUGCUAACUAAAUUCAUCCCCACCUGCCGCGAAAAUUGCAGACAAUAAAGAACUACCGACUCGAUGACAAGAUGUCAUCCAAAGACUGACAAUUGACAACAAUUAUUGUUAACGACAUCAUACAUCUCGGCAUUUGAAAUGUAGCCGAUGAAAUGGAGUAUGACGAGAAACUGGCACACUUCCGCCAAACUCGACUCAAUCCCUUUGAUCGCAGUGAGGAAGAGGAUGAUGUUCUCCAAAAGGGCAGGACCCUCCCACAGCAAGAAGCGAGGCAGGAGCUGUUUUCUGAGACCAGAAUUCAAAGUUCAGACAGAACCAUGGACCUUGGUUUAGCGGAGGACCAUUUCUCGAGACCUGUGGGUUCGUUUGUGGCCUCCGACAUAGAGCAGUUGAAACUGGCCAUUGAGGAGUGUAAGAAGUUGAUCUUGGAGCUGCCAGAACACUCGGAAAGACAAAAGGACACGGUGGUGAAACUGAUCCACCUACGGCUCAAACUGCAGGAGCUGAAGGACCCUGAUGAGGAUGAGCCAAACCUGAGAAUGGUUCUUGAGCACCGAUUCUCAAAGGAGAAGAGCAAGAGUGUAAAACAAACAUGUGAUAAAUGUAGCGCUAUCAUCUGGGGCCUUAUCCAAACAUGGUACACCUGCACAGGUUGCUAUUACCGCUGCCAUAGCAAAUGUAUGAACCUGAUCACUAAGCCCUGUGUGAGGUCAAAAGUCAGCCAUCAGUCUGAAUAUGAGUUAAGCAUCUGUCCUGAGAUCGGCCUUGAUAGGCAAGACUACCGUUGCGCAGAAUGUCGCACACCCAUUUCACUGAGGGGUGUUCCGAGUGAGGCCAGACAGUGUGACUACACAGGCCAGUAUUACUGCAGCACGUGCCACUGGAAUGACACAGCUAUCGUCCCUGCUCGAGUCAUCCACAACUGGGAGUUUGAACCUCGCAAGGUUUGUCGAUCCUCCCUGCGCUACUUGGCCCUGAUGAUGUCAAGGCCUGUGCUGAAGCUGAAAGAAGUGAACCCACUGCUGUUUAACUUUGUGGAAGAACUGGUUGAGAUCAGGAAACUUCGCCAAGAUAUUCUACUGAUGAAACCCUAUUUUAUUACCUGCAAGGAGGCCAUGGAAGCUCGGCUGCUACUCCAGCUUCAGGACCGCCAGCACUUUGUGGAGAACGAUGAUAUGUACUCACUACAGGAUUUGAUCGACAUCUCCAGUGGUCGACUCAGCUGUUCGCUCACUGAAGUUCAUACCACAUUUGCAAAACACAUCAAGCUGGACUGCGAUCGUUGCCAGGCCAAAGGCUUUGUGUGUGAGUUGUGUAAAGAGGGAGAUAUCCUCUUCCCCUUUGACAGUCACACCUCAGUUUGCCAUGACUGCUCCGCCGUCUUUCACAGAGAUUGUUACUAUGAUAACUCAACAACAUGUCCACGGUGUGCCCGGAUGACCGAGCGAAAGCAUGAUGGAGACACAACAGAUGCUUAAAGAUGCCAUGAUGCCAAAGGGACUUUAUGUGUCAAUAUAGAGGAAGCACAGCAAUGACAUUAACAUUGUUUAUCUUCCUGCAUAUUACAAACAGGAGUUAAAAGCCUCAAAUUUGUUUGACAUAAAGACCCCACAGCAAUCUGGUAUUGAAAUGUAAAGAUGAAGAUGCUACAUAUUAAGUGCUGGCCACAUGACCUAAUAUGCUAAUUUUUCAACCCUUUGUGUUGAGUUGUGGUUUCAUGUAGAGCAGCUACACACAAUAACCCGCACAGAAAACUAGAUUUUGCAGAAUCUGCACAUCUCCCGCUGUAUUUACUUUGAUUUGCGCCUCCUGCCAAAACUGUUUCAAUUUAUUCCACCCACGGCCCGCCUCCAGGCAUGCCCACUCCGCUGUGAUUGGUCACACGCCCAAAGUCCUUAACUAAGAACCAUAUGAUGAUGAGCCUUUAUUAUCUCAUACAGAAGUCACUUAUAUGGAAGUACAAGCGAAAUAGUGAUCCUCUGUGACAUUGUGACAUCACAAAGAGGCAGUUUUACCACGCCUUUUGAAACCGAGCGCUUUGAGCCAUCCCAAACUUCUUUCAGAUCUCACUUCCAAAUGCACAAACCUCAUUAUCUGAAACAUCGUUUAACACGAGAACACAACAUUCUAACUACAUUUAUAGGUCAGAAAAGUGGAAAAAGCAUAAUAGGUCCCCUAAGUAUGUCUUUUUGACAUCCAAAAUGUCAGGGUUAUUUACCCUGACAUUACCUGUCAGCACAUACUGUAACUUGAAAUGUAUUUAAAGCAUGAUAUACUGUAACUGUAGUUGGUCUUGUAAGGAUACAUGUAUGACUGUUUACUGUGCAUAUUUCAUUCCAAACAGUGAAUACAUUCCAGAGUGAUAACUAUCUGCUUACAUCAAACCUAAUUCAUGUGAAUCCUCAUACACAUUGACUGCCCAAGAUUGUCAGGUUACAUGAAGCUGUCAACCAAACAUCUUAAUACAUUUGGCAAUGUGUUAAUGUUUUCAUUCAUAUUGUAGUUAAAGCACAUUUUAUCCAAAAAGAUGUCAAAAGACACCUUUGACAUAGUGUAAAUGUUGACCUAAAAUAUUUGUUUUAAAAUAAUGACUCUUUGCUGUAUUAUCUUUCAGCAUGAUGCACUGUUUAUUUCCUCUCAAACUAAUGGACAUCAGUAGUGUCAGUGAAUCCUAUUCUGCUGUUUGAAAAAGACAAACAUCAUGUGGAGUGAUGCAUGAAUAAAGUAUUGAUACUUGAAAGCAGGU